AUGGCAGAAGCGUCACCUCCAAUGGCCAAGCCUCCCAUGUCGGCUGCGUCGUCCGCCCCGGAAGCUCUGCAAGACUCUGACGACGAUCUUGAUCUUGACGAGGAUGACUUCGCUGAGUCUGAGGCGAAAUACAACCGAGAGCGAGCACGUCUAGAGGCCAAACGGGUCGAUCUGAGUGCUCCGCAUUUGCGCGCUACAACUCCCUUGCAGGAGAUUGUUCUGCUGUCAUGCCUCAAUGUCGAGCAUCUUCCUCAGACACAGCCAGAUGUGGUGUCCGUCGAAGAGACAAGCACACCCUUUCCCCAGGAGCAGGAAGAGUCACAUCUUUCACCUGUGCAAGCACGUCCUCUGGAACCAACCACUACUCAACCCGCUCCAGAGAGUAUCACGGCAGAUUUACCGACACCUAAGGCUGAAGAGUCCGAGGAUGUCGAGAUGGAAGACAAAGAGGAGACUGAAGAGAGGUCGGCUGCACCCGCAACGAUGGCGCUUCGUCUACGACGUGAGACCUCUGCAGAGCAGGAAACCUUACCCGACCUCAGUUUGUUGCCCUAUCUAGGCUCAGGCCCGCCAACGCCUCUAUCAGACAUUGGGCAAGACCGACCAAACCUAUCUGACGAUAUCAUGAACGCCAUUCGAAGCAAACUACGCAAGAGCAUCGAGCCUGAGCUUAACACUGAUCAGAUUCUCGAACGAUACGCAGCUGCGUAUAGAGCGUGGCGUGUGUCUAUCCGUCCUUUGGACGAAGAGCGCGAUCAUGACGAUCAGGAUAGACAGCCGUCAGCCGAACCAACACUGAAGGCUGUCACUCCCGAUGUACAAAAUGCUGCGAUGACAGGGAUUCUGGAUGGGUCGCUUGCUCCUACAGGCCGGAGGAGCCAUGCGAGUCGAUGGGCUACUGAGCUUGAUUUGGAAGCUGUCAUCAAAGAGUCUUUGAAGACUGCCGAAGAGGAAAAGCUAGGGAAGAAAGACAAAGAGCCACGCAAAGCCAUGGCUGAUCCGGAGAAGGAGGCCGAUCUACCACUGGAACUUACCGAGGCAGAGGCUCAGCGCAGAAGAUUCAUCGACACUAACUUCCAACGCGAACCCGGUCAAGGAAUCUUUGUGUUUCACUAUGAGCCACCAGAGGAUGACUUCACCCCCGAGGAACACAGGGUCAUGGUACAUAACUACAAGGAUCAAUACGCAAAGAAGUGGGGUAAACUGGCCGAAGUUCUUUACAAAGAAGUUGGAACCGAACGUACCUACAAGGAUUGUAUCAAUCAUUACUAUGCUACCAAAUGGGGCAGAGAAUACAAGGGUAAACUCCGCAAAGCUCGGGCUCCCAGGAAGCGUGGUGGAGCCGUUGGUCGUGGUCGUGGAGCUAUCGCCAACAUGGACCGACCCGAAGGACCAGGAGAGGACGGUUUGCCCUUACCAGUUACUGAGACUGGGCGACCUCGACGCCAUGCGGCACCCAAAUUUGGCCCAACCGAAACUGAGUUUGACCCGAUCACAGGAAUGCCCAUACCAGGCCGAGCACGCAGGCAAACCGACGCCGACGACACGCAAGAAAAGGCCAUGCGGCGUGGAAAACCGGCGAAGGACAAGGUUGGCCGGAAGGCGAAGAACACGCCACUCGCGGCCGUUCCUAUAGGCUCACCUGUCAAGGUCGAUCGUAAGGACAAGAACAUGGGAGUCAAGAUGGAGGACGACCUUGGCAAGCGGCCCAUGAAUGAUAUGCCCAUACCCAUGCCACUUAUCCCUAUGGAGGAUCAGAUGAUGCUGGCUGGAGAUUUGCAGCAGCUUUCUGGUCUGCCUGGCAGUCUUAUGGAUCGACCGAAGACACAGGCUGGUGCGAGACCUGGCCCAUCCAGCUACUGGUCCGUCUCCGAGUUACAAGACUUCGAUAAGAAUGUUGCACACUUUGGCACGGACUGGAUUGCAAUUGCAAACCAUAUGGGCACCAAGACGCACACUAUGAUCAAGAACCAGUAUCUGCGUCUCGUCGAAAGUGGCAAACUAGACUUGGAGCAGACAGCAAAAGAGGCAGAUGCUCGAAGGGAACGAGGUGAUGAUCUAGGUCCACCGCCAACACCGACUCCAGCACCCAAGAGACGAUACGAGAGCACACAAGCGGGACCUAUCCGCCCCAUCGCACCUACGCCUGAACAUGGGUCUCCGCCUCCGAACCCGCUUGUGCACCCCAAAUUAUCUCCUCCGCAUUCAACUCCUUCUUCGAGAUUCUCCACUAUCGCCCAAGCACCUGUGCAGAGCAAGCCCAUGGUGCCUCCGCCCGGAUAUUCUGCCCUACCAGAGACUAGCCUGGCGUCUGUACCCUCGAUACCACCACAGCAGUCGCCGCCCGCUCCCCCUCAGCGUGCACCACCGCAGCAUCAUCACCAACACUCCAUGUCGCAGCAUAAGUCGCAGCCGCAAGGGCCACGAGCUGGAUACUUUUCCGAAGACCUACCUCCACGUUUCGAGUCCCGGCCACCUUCACAACCUGCAGGUAACCAACAGGCACACCGGCCAUUGCAACAACAUGCGCCUCCACAGCCUCGCGUUCAAGAGCAACACCACUCGCCUCUCUAUCGUGGACUUCACUUUCAGGAGCGAGACGUUGCGGGUAGACCUGAAGUUCAGCAGGAGCAGGAGGCUCAGCGCCGGUUUCAUGAACACACACGUCGCAUUUCACAGGAGAUGUCACAGCAUAGACCUUUUGCUCCCGGUGGUGCACCGCCGAUCAUGCCGCCAUUAGCCUUCCCCCAGCUCAACCCCAAGCGAUGCUUCACACUCAAUUACAGCAUCCUCAGCGCGGCCCACCACCUAUGCAAAACACACCUCCACCUGCAGUAA